AUGGUUCUUCUGUCCGACAUUCUUACACAAAUAAUGAACGGACCUUAUCCACCCGAGUCAUCAAUAAUUCAGAAAUUGUCCGACUUCAUGCUGCUUCAUCCCAAAGGACCCCUUGGGUUAAGUACACACAUGAUUGUUUUCAUGAAAAAGUUUAAACACUCUGAAAUUGACGGAAAUAGUAUGUGCAAACUACUCUUUGCGCUUGAUAAAGUUGUGUGUACACAACCCAUUUUUAGGGCUGAAUUACAGACAGUAGAAUUUAUGAAAAGGUUUCAGGCGCAAUGUGACUAUAAAGAACGAAAUCUUGAUUCUAUCGCAAAGACGGCGAGUCGAGCAUUAGCGGAGAAGUGGGCUACAGAUUUUCCCGUUGAAUUUCCAGAGUAUGUGAAAUUUGUUCAGAAAUAUUCCACAGUCUUUUUUCAAAGAAGUCCAAUUGAAGUUGAGGAAUUUGUCGCGGUUGUACAAAAGACGAUUCGCGACACGUUGGAAGAGUGUUCGCAAAAACAAAGUUCGUUUGAAAAUACAAUUAAAAAACUCAUUGCUCUAAAGGAAAAAUUUCCCAAAUACGCCGCUUUGAUGAAAGAAAAUCUACAGAGUACAAAGAGUUUGGACGACCUUUUGUGUGUGAUCGAAUACCUUGUUUCCAAAAUAAAAAGAAGUGCAGACGCGUUGAAUCUGAGACCAACACAGAAGUUGGACGAUAAAGGAGAUGUAGUAUGUGUUAAGAAAGCACAACAAAAACAAGAAGAAAAAAAGAUCAAAGAAACAAAGAAAGCAGAAAAGACGAGUAAAAAGAGACGGGCAGAAUCUCUACAAAGUCCGGGAUAUAACGUUUUGGGUGGAUUACUGGACGAACAAAUAACAUCUGAUAAAACAGAGUUGAAAGUCGAACAAAAAACAAUGGAAAAAAUAAUCACACAACCAGUAUACGUAGAAACAAAAACAAGAAAAAGAAUGUCAAGUACUGGGGGAGUUCUUUUGGCACCUCCAAGGCCAAAAAGAAAUUGUAGAAUGUCCAUUGGAAGUCCAGAGCAAGUCUCAUUCCUCUGA